UACUGCAUACCGUAGAUAUUUCAUUAGUAAGCUUGCAAUUAAACGGAUAACCAGCAGCAAAAACAACGAGAAGAAGACUGAAGAAUUCUUGGUGGAAAACUUGUACCAAAUUAAAACUCCAAAUUGUUGAGUACAAGUACUUGCCAAAGAUUUUUUGGUCAACUUGUGUUCGAUCAGUAAUGGCAGGAGUAGAAGUAGAAGCAGAAGCAGAAGCAGAAACCAUGUCAAUAGACACGAAUACAUUCAACACCGAGAACAACAUCAAUUCUGGAACCCUACCUAUGACUCUAUCAAUCAUUUGCUUUAGGUUGAUGCUUCAAUGGAAGAUGUUUUGGGGAAAAUGUGUUGUACCCAGAAGGAUUGUGUGCCUGUUCCUGUUGAAGGAAUAGGUCUUGAUCCACCAGAUGCAGCUAUUGAAUUUGACUCUCCAACAAGUGGGGAACAGUCAUACUCUUUAUGGGUAAACAUACCAGAGGAUGAUCAGCACAAAUGCUAUCCCCAUGAGUCAAUACCGAAAUUUGAAUCUGUAUUAUUGCCAUUGGAAGAAGGCAUAUAUCCCGGAAAGAUCUUUCUAGGUGAAUCUCAACAACGACAAGAGCUACCGCAUAAUGAAGUCUAUGUGGUUCCCACUGUAUCAGGAUCCAUGCAAUCGGGUUCAAAUUCAGACAUAAUAGGAGAGAAUGAUGUCCUUCAGAGGCUUCUUCGGAGAUGGAGAUAUUUUGACGACAAAGAUGGAAGUUCUUAUAUAGAAGAUCCACCAGUAAAUACCUCCACGCAAAAGUUCGGGAAACCAUGCUAUGUUUGUGGACAAUAUAAGCAUAAUGGGAAGAAAUGUCCCAAGCGCCGUAUUUGCUCUUCGUGCAAGAUAAGAGGCCACAUUGCUGUAGAUUGUCCAACGAAAGAUAAAGAACAUAUUAUAUGUUUAAGAUGUGGGGAAUCAGGACACGAACUCUUCUCGUGCUCAGCUGAAUACUCAACUGAUGAUCUUAAGAAUGUACGAUGUUACGUUUGCAAUGAACUCGGGCAUUUGUGUUGUGAUAACUACGCUGAAAUAAGUUCACCCUCUUGUUAUAAUUGCGGGGAGUCUGGUCAUGCAGGUUUGCAAUGCCCGAAACCGCAUCUGGAUAAAUGUGGCUCACAGCCUCCUCCUAUAUGCUACAAGUGUGGAGAUGGUGACCAUGUUGCGAGAAACUGCACUAAAGACACUGGAAUGACAGGAUGUAAUGGACGUCAACAGGUGUCAGAUUUAGAUUUAGGAGCGGAAAUAGAUGAGAAGCGUAGGACUGCUAGGAGAAGCAAGACAUAUAGAUACAGUAGAAUGAAGAAGCGAAAGAUGAAAGCGAUAAUAAAGUUAAAUGAGUGUAUAACAAUAUAGCAUUCUUUGUGAUUGCAUACAUCAAUUCGGGGAUUUCAUUUAUUUUUCUGUCAUCAAAUCUCCUUCAGGGAUAUUUAGUCCUGCAAACUUUGUAUUGUUCUUGCCCGUUGUAACUUGUAACUUGUAACUUUAUUUUAAUUUUUUUUAUUUGGCUA